CCCCUGCUUUGUGUUAGAGAAAAUGGAUGCUCAGAAAACUGUUGAUGUUUGUGAUUUUGUGCCCUCACGGGUUGAAGGAAUAGAUAAACUAUAUGGUCUUUUAGAGGCGCACCGAUCUCGCCCCUCACUCCAGGGACAAGAUCGGGCGAAAAACCACUGGUUUCAACCACAGAGUGUGGUAGAUAGGAUAAGAAUCUUGCAGAAGGAAGCUAAGAUUAAGAAGGGGAAAGGAAAAGCUAUAAUUUGUGCGGUGUUGGGAGCGAGUCUGGUAGCUGCGGUGGAAGAGAGAAAGCAGAAGUUUUGUCAAACUGAUAAUGUAAUAGACUCCCUGCAGAUGGUAAACAAAAAUUUGCAGGAACAAUUGAAAGUAAGCAUACUGGAGGAGGAAAGGAACCAAAAUGUGAUAUUAAAAGAGGAAUUGAGGAAUCAACUUUUGAGAGAGGCGGAUACACAGGCGGAGGUAGAAGUGACGCUUGCGGAGAAAGGGAUACGGCAAAUCUACCCCCAAGGAGAUUUGCAGAGGGCAAAAGAAACCGUAGAAAGCCUCCCACAUAUGUAUCCACUGAUUAAAACAGAGUAUGUGUAUGAGGAUGAUAGUGAUGACCGUCCUCAGGUUAUCACCAAAGAAGUCCCAUUUACAGCAACUGAUUUAGCAAAGCUGAAAAAAGAUUUUGCAAGGGCUGCGAAGGAAUCGGAGACAGAGUAUGUGUGGAGAGUGUCUUUGUCAGGAGGGGAUGGAAUUUUGUUGUCAGAGAAAGAAGCAGAAGGAUAUUGGGGUCCGGGUGUGUUUCUAACUACUGGCGAUCGCCGAGCCCCAUGGUCAUUGACUCAGAGAGCUGCGUAUUGGGCCGGAGGGCUGAACCCCUUGGAGAGGGGAGAUCCCCUUGCCAUAACCGGUACGGUGGAUCAGUUAGUGGAAAGUGUGCAAAAGGCGGCAUGUCUCCAGAUGAUGUAUGAUCGGGAGCUCAAGCCCCACCAGGGCUCCCCGAUGAUGAUGCCUGUGGACCCAGAGAGGAUGACUCCUCUGAUACGGGGACUUCCCGACUCUCUGAAACCCAUUGGAAUUCAAUUGCAAGGGAGGAUUCAAAAAACCCCCGAUGGAGAAAGAUUUAUGGCCACUCUGGAGGGGAAAAUGUCCCCUGAUCAUCGGCAGUUAGGGAGAAAAGUAUGGACAUGGGGAGAGAUAGCUCAGGAAUUGAUUAAUUCUGGGAGAAAAUAUGGCCCCAUUGGGGGAUUGUCUCAAAGAACUGAAAACAGGAUCGUACAACGACUUAGUGGGCGGCAAUUACCCCCUGGAAAAGAGAGGCCCCUAACUCGACAGGGACUGUGGCAGCUAGGGCUUCAGAAAGGCAUUCCCUGGGACUUGAUGGACAGACUCCCGACCCAAAAAUUGGAGCAACUUGUGCAGAAUUGGUCAGGGCAAAGGGCCGUUUCCAAACCAACCCCUAGUGCCCCACCCUUGAUAGACCUUGAGGAGGAGCCGGCUAGGGAGAAGAAGGUGGCGGGAAACUAGACCCUCUGCCCCCUGAAGGUGAGGGGGGAGGCGGAGGAUGGAUGUUUGUUAGACAACUCACCUGCAAUACUAAAGGGGAUUUACUGAUUACUAUUGCUGUAGGACCAAGGAAAAGACCGGUGACCUUUUUAAUUGAUACUGGGGCACAAAUUACUGCGCUAAGGCGGACUGAAGCAGAACAAUGUGGAAUCUCAAUUCCAUCUAGAAAUCUGAUUGUCUUAAAUGCCUUGGGAAAAACACAAUCAGUGCCUAUGACUCCGGUGACACUAUGGUUGCCAGGGGAGGAAAACCCUGUCAAUACCAUGGUGGCCGUAGGAUCCUUCCAGAUGAAUCUUCUAGGUAUAGAUGUUUUGAAGGGUAGACAGUGGCGUGACACCCAGGGAAACUCAUGGUCUUUUGGUGUCCCUCAGAUUAGGCAAUUGGCCGAAACAUCCGGCACAGAGGUGCGUCUAUUGCAAGCAGCACCUACCCUCCCCCCUUCCAAAUUGACAAAUGUUAAACCCUACCCAGUGCCUCUAGGAGCAAGAGAAGGAAUUAUGCCAGUUCUGGAGGAUUUAAAGAAACAAGGGGUUGUAGUUCCCACUCACUCCCCCUUCAACUCUCCAGCAUGGCCAGUCCGAAAACCAAACGGCAAAUGGAGAUUGACAAUAGAUUACAGGAGGCUCAAUGCCAACACAGGUCCACUAACAGCUGCUGUACCAAACUGCUGAAUUGAUAGCUGCCAUUCAGGAACAAUCCCACCCUGUCAUGGCAACAAUUGAUGUUAAGGAUAUGUUUUUUAUGGUCCCUUUACAACCUGAGGACCAGGAUCGCUUUGCCUUCACCUGGGAAGGACAACAGUACACCUUUACACGACUGCCUCAAGGAUACAAGCACUCCCCCACGCUG